AGCAGCACAUUGCUGACAACGUCUGCGCCGAGCCAGCUAAUGACCAAUGUCGCCGUGCUGUAUAUCUCGCCCAUCAUCUGCACCUGGUGGUUCUUUUCGCUCACGUCACCUUGGUUGAUGCACAGCGCAUCGACCCAGAGCCUGUCCAACACCUCACGCACGGCAGUCCGGCGGAGGUGGCGAAGUGCUUGGGCAAGGCUUCGCGUGACGGGCAUCAUUGUGCCAUUCACUACGAUAUUCACCGGGUCCGACGGGUCGCCCCAAACAUAGGAGAGUGCUGUAAAGUGUAGCGGAUGAGCAUCUCGUGGAUCAGCGGCCCCCUUUCCGCCCGCAAUGGUGUUGCCAGCUGGAUAAAGACGUGCCGUGGCAAGAGAACAGACUAUCGUGUCAUGGUCCCUAUCGUCUUGAUCUCCCUUGGCAGUAUUGGUCCAACCUGGCGUUGCAGUCGGAGCAGGAUGUACAGUCAAUACCCGAAUCUCUUUGGUGGUCGGGUCGAGCGGCUCGGCGUAGACGCCGCCUUUGUGCCCGAUCUGGGCGUCUUGUGUCGUGCCAUGGGCGAUGCUUGUGGUGCAGGUUGUUGGAAAGAGCCGUGUUGCGAGGUCCG